UUUUGCGUUCCCAAAACAAGCGAGGAAGAAAAUCAUGUCACAAUCAACUGGAUGUGCAGCUUUUAUGAGUAAUUCACUCUCAUGAAUCGGUGAAAGCACACGGCACUGAAUCGGUCCUUUAAAUACCCGACAUCUCCCGUUUCAGUUUUAUUCAUAAGCUUUAGUUUUCGGUUUGUUCGUUGCACAUAAAGACUACUUGAGACUGUUACAAUGUCAAGUUCAGAGGGAAAUAAACUAUGGGGUGGUCGCUUUGUGGGAAACGCCGACCCUAUAUUGGAACAGUUCAACGCGUCAAUUUCGUUCGACAAGCGCUUGUGGGAAGCUGAUAUUAAAGGGAGUAAAGCAUAUGUCAAAGCUUUACAGAAAGCAGGUCUGGUCACGCAAAACGAGAUGGAACAGAUUCUUACAGGACUUGACAAGGUCUUUGAUGAAUGGUCCAAGGGCGAGUUCAAGAUCAAACCAGGAGACGAGGAUAUCCACACGGCCAAUGAACGCAGGCUGAAGGAACUUAUUGGUGAUCCGGCUGGAAAGCUUCACACAGGCAGGAGCAGAAAUGAUCAGGUUGCAACAGAUACACGGCUCUGGCUACGGGACGCUAUAACCACUCUGAAAGAACUAGCUUUGCAGCUCAUCAGCACAAUGGUGGAAAGAGCUGCAGUAGAGAUUGAAAUCCUGUGCCCUGGAUACACUCACAUGCAGAGGGCCCAGCCAAUCAGAUGGAGUCACUGGAUUCUCAGUCAUGCAGUGGCACUAAGCCGAGAUGUUGAACGACUGGAGGACAUCAGGAAACGUGUUAAUGUGAUGCCCCUAGGAAGCGGAGCCAUUGCUGGGAAUCCCUUCAACAUUGAUAGAGAACUUCUACGUCAAGAACUAAACUUUGAUAGAAUCAGCAUUAACAGCAUGGAUGCUACUGGACAGAGGGAUUUUAUUGCUGAAUUUCUCUUCUGGGGAUCAAUGUGUCUCACACACCUUAGCAAGAUGGCAGAGGAUCUGAUUUUAUACAGUACAAAGGAGUUCUCCUUCAUCACUCUGACUGAUGCAUACAGCACUGGGAGUAGUUUAAUGCCUCAGAAGAAGAACGCAGACAGCCUGGAGCUCAUCCGCAGCAAAGCAGGACGAGUGUUUGGCAGAUGUGCAGGGUUUCUGAUGACUCUCAAGGGCUUACCCAGCACAUACAACAAAGACCUACAGGAGGAUAAGGAGGCCAUGUUUGACACAUACGAUACAGUACACGCUGUGCUGCUGGUGGCAACAGGUGUCAUUUCAACUCUAAAGGUCAACCAACUAGCGAUGGAAAGGGCCCUCAGCCCAGAUAUGCUGGCCACUGAUCUUGCCUACCAUCUGGUCAGAAAGGGAAUGCCUUUCAGAGAGGCCCACAGUUGUGCUGGGAAAGCCGUUUAUAUCGCUGAAUCUAAGAACAUCCAUCUGUCCAAACUCACUGUAGAGGACCUUCAAACUGUCAGCCCUUUGUUUGACAAGGAUGUUUCUUCAGUGUGGGACUACAUCAAAAGUGUUGAACAGUACAGUGCCCCCGGUGGCACGGCCAGGAGCAGCGUCUCGGCUCAAAUUGAGCACUUUAGAACCUGGUUACAAUCACAAAAACAAUAACCAUAAUCUCAUUUCUACAAAGAUCAGCAGUAGGUGUGCUUUCAUAGAUGAAUUUGGCAUUUUAUGCCUGCAUGUUACAUAUAAGUAAACUACAAUUGGUUGCAAAAUGUGAAUCUUUAUAUGACAAAUGAUAUGUACAAUGAAAUAUAGUUCCAGCUAAAUAAAGAAUUUAUGUUGGCACUUC